GAACACUUUACAAAGAAUAAAUACUAGUUUUCAGAUUGCAAUGCAAAGGUAGAUCCGAAAAGGAAGUAAAAAUGUAGAAAUGAAAUGUAGGAAAAAAAAAAAAAAACUGCUGUUAUCGCUGUUUUCUUUUUAAAUGUUUUAUUUAUUUUUUGACCGGUGAGCAGAAAGUCGUAGUCGUAAGAUGCGCAAAUAGUGAUAUGCUUAUCUUUCGCACGUCAUUUUAAGUUAUUAUUUUUGUGUCUUCCAUUUAUUAAUUUUUGUUUGUAAUAUGAAAAACUGAAAACUUAUAAUUUUAUGCCGAGAUUAAUUUGAAUAAUGGAUGCGAACGCCAUAGCCGCUACUAAAACGUUUGUGCGUCAAUAUUCUGAACAAGCUCAACAAUCAUUUGAGAGCCGGCGGAAAAAAAUCUUAAAUCUCCUUACGAAAAAAUCAUGCCCAGAAGAUGGUUGGAAUGAUGAAGAAAUUGAAGUGUUUCUUCAUGAGAUUGCUAUGAUGGAUAGUAAUAAUUUUCUAGGUAGUUGCGGAGUUGGUGAACGGGAAGCAAGAUUUGCCUCUAAAAUUGUUGCUCGCAGGCACUAUUACAUGGGUCAUGGCAUUGGAAGAUCCGGAGACAUAACUGAAAUACAACCUAAGGCAGCUGGCUCCAGUUUAAUUGGACAGGUUUGUAAUAACAUGGUUUUAGAUCUUUUGAAAUCAUUAGGUGUGCCUAGCUUGAAAAAAUGUAUGAUUGUGCCUUUAGCAACUGGAAUGAGCAUGAUGCUUUGUUUACGAACUUUGCAUAAUCAAAGACCAAAAGCUAAAUAUGUGAUAUGGCCUAGAGUUGAUCAGAAGUCUUGCUUUAAGUGCAUUUUAACUGCUGGACUUAUCCCAGUAAUAAUAAAAAAUGAAAUAAUUAGAGAUGGCCAGAGAGGAUGCUUAAAAGAAAUCGAAAACAAAAUAGAAACCAUUGAAUCAGAUAAUAUUGUAUGUAUUAUGAGUACUACUUCGAGUUUUGCUCCUAAACAACCAGAUAAUUUAUUAGAAAUUGCUAAGUUAUGUAAGAAAUAUGAUAUUCCUCAUGUGAUAAAUAAUGCUUAUGGAAUUCAGUGUCCAGUAUAUUUGGAAGCUAUUGAAAAUGCUUCUGCAAAGCGAGUGGAUUUAUUUAUUUCAAGCACAGACAAAAAUUUCAUGGUUCCUGUUGGUGGUUCAGUUAUAUGUGGCUUUGAUACAAAAAUAGUUGAGGAAGUGGGUAAAAUGUACCCUGGACGGGGUUCUGGAACUCCUUCCACAGAUGUAUUCAUAACUUUGCUAAAUAUUGGUAAAAGAGGGUAUUUAAAUUUACUUGAGCAAAGGAAAAAUUUAUAUAUAUAUUUAAAAGAAGAACUUCAAAAGAUUGCUUCUGAAUUUGGGGAAAACGUUCUUGAAGUACCCGGCAAUUGUCUGUCUGUAGCAUUUACUUUAAAACAAUUUGAAUCUCAUCAUCAUAAAUUUGUAACCGAGAUUGGAUCUAUGCUUUUUUCAAAGUUUGUUAUGGGUGCAAGAUUAGUGGCAGCUGGUGAUGAUAAAACUGUUGGUGGUUAUAAAUUUAAAAACUGGGGCAUGCAUACUGAUGAACCAUUUGUAAGUUAUUUCACUGCAUCAGCAACAAUAGGAGUUACUAAAGAAGAUAUAGAUGUAUUUUUAAGGCAAUUGAAACAAGUUCUGGUAAAAGUCCAGAAGCAUUUAAAUCAAAAAGCAAUGUGUGUUAUGUAUAAGAACAAAGAAUGAUAUGUGAUUGCCUUAGCAGAAAAGAUCAAAAUGUUAAAUAUUUUAAUAUAAUAUAUCAUAGUCAUGAAUAAAGUAAUAUAUAAUUGAAUAAAGCAAUAUAUAAUAUA